AUGAAUAGUGAUGUAAUGGCGAGAACAAUCAGUGAUGCACAGCUGCGAAUUUUACUAGUGCUAAAUGGUAGGAAUACGGAACACGCACUGAAGCACUACCACUGCAACGGAGCACAGCGCUCUUCUCAAACAAUAUUCUCCACUAGCGACAUCUUUCAGCACCCUGCUCUCACGCUCCCAUCUAAUCAUCACGCUCCUUUAUAUGCUAUGCUGCACCCUGUGCUCCCUGUUCCACUGCUCCUGUUCUACUGCUCCUGUUCUACUGCUCCUGUUGCACUGUUCCCUGUUGCACUGUUCCCUGUUGCACUGUUCCCUGCACCUGCUCACGUUACCUUCGCAUUCUCCAGCAUUUUAUUUUAUUUUUAUUUUAUUUUUAUUUUUUUUUUUUUUUUUUUUUUUUUUUGUUCUCGUCAUUAA